AUGUCCCUUCAGAUCUCAUCAAAAGAGGCGGAGGUGCUCUUAAAGCAAAAAAACGUGCUCAAUGAAUAUGUUUUGGAAAAAUACAAGCUAGCGGGUCGAAUCUCACAGACUUGUGUGAAGUACUUGGUCUCCCUAAUCAAUAAUUCAUAUCAUUUGCAAAAGUUGAAGCCUUAUACAGCAGCUGAACUUUGUAUUUUGGGUGACAGUUAUAUGAAGUCGGCAUUAAAUGACGCUUAUGAUCUUAAUGUCAAAGAGAAAGGCAUUGCUCAACCGGUGACCAUUGAUGUUAAUGAUGUGUUGGAAGGAUAUUCACCGGAAGUGGAUGACACAAAAAAUAUUACGUUCCAUCCAGGGGAUGUUGUGACCAUUAACGUUGGAUGUCAAAUUGAUGGAUAUACCUCUCGUUUGGCACAUACUAUCGUAAUAUAUCCACCAGGACUAUUUCAUGAGAGCACUGCAAGCUUGCAACCAACUGGACCAUUACUUGGAGAUUCAGCUGAUGCAAUUUGUGCAACACACAUUGCUACGGAAACAAUUAUUGCAUUGUUAGGAUGUUCAUUAACACCAGAGAAGUUGCCUAAGACAAUAUUAGCCAAUGGACAUGGAAAUGUCACAGGUUCUCUAAUUAGGGAAAUUACGGAUUCUAUUGCUGGAUCAUUUCAUUGCAUUGUUGUUCCUGGAUCAAAAGUUCGUAGAAUAAGGCGGUUUUUGGCUGGUCAGGCCGAAGGUAUCGUUGCUGAGAGAGAUUUUAAAGGUGUUGUCUGGUCUGAGGCUGACCAAGAGCAAGAACUAAUAAGAAGAUCUGCUGAAUUUGUAGGGGACAAGAGCAGGCAAGUUCUUCUUUUUGAUAAGGACAGAAAAUCAAAGAGUAAUGAAAAUCGUGCCGGAACUGUGCCCUCAGAUGAAUUUACCAUAUCUCCAGGUGAAGUUUACACAAUCGAUAUAAGAAUGGCUCCCGUCAAUGCUAUGGAAGAGCCUGGAAUUGUCACUUUAGAAGUGUUGGAUGAAUACUCGGGGAAAAAUAAUGUGGAAGGUGAGUUACAUCCAAAACCAUCAAUUUUCUUGAGAGACGUCGCAAUUACGUAUCAGCUUAAGCUUAAAAGUGCGCGCCGCCUUUUAUCAAGAGUGGAUAAAUUGCAACCGGUUUAUCCUUUUAAACUUUCAGAAGUUUCAGCGCACUUUCCUCUUAAUCUUUCAGAUGUACAUAGCUUUGGUGCUCAAAUAUCAAAUAUUCACGACGAUAUGAAGCCUGAUAGAUUGGGUUUGGCAGAGAUGAUAAAUCAAAGAUUAGUUGUUCCAAAGCCUAUUUGGGCAGUGAGAUUCAUACCAUUAAAGCAGGUUUUAAAGGGUACAUCAUCUACAGGUGCACGCGGCUAUGAUGCAGAAAAUCCUACCCUCCCUGGUAUGGAGCUUCCACUACCAAAACUUGGCAUUUCGGCAUUACAGUUAAAGUCUUCUUUGAAAUACGCCAAGAAGCUUCCAGCUGCAAGAGAACUUAACACAAUUGUUAUUGACGAAACAAACAAAGAAAUUCUUAGGUUGAGCGGUGGAAUCGAUGCUUGUAAGCCAAGCUGGGUUCAUUCGAAUUAUCAGUUAACAGGUCUGUUGGCUCAAUGUGUAUCGGAGUUGAAUAAAUUAUCACAAGAUCCCCGUUUCGGUCUCAAAAUUAAAGUUUGUGAACCGUUACCUUUUACUAAUUAG